AAAGUUCUACUUAAGAUGGUAAACUUUCGUCAGUCACGCCACUAUGAUGAGGCAGUUCGUAAUCGAGCUUUCGACGAACACGAGAGGCAGUGCCGGUUGAUAAAAAGAGGCAGUGGAUAAUCAGACAAUGAUGCAAAGAUUGAUUAAUCAUGACUUAGAGGUCGGUGAAGUUCGGUGGUCCUUUUAAGUUCGAUCCACAUGUCUAGAGGGUUCCUAUCGGACGGCAAGGCGAAAAUCGCGCGGCGGACUAUCAGUAUUUCUGGCGGCAGAAUGGACAAAUAUGAAAAUCUCGAAAUAGUCGGCGAGGGAAGCUAUGGCGUUGUUAUGAAGUGCAAGCACAAGGAGACUGGACAAAUUGUCGCCAUAAAGAAGUUCCUCGAGACGGAGGAGGAUGCUCAUGUACGCAAAAUGGCAUUUCGCGAGAUCAGAAUGUUGAAGGUAGUUAAAUUGCGCCACGAGAAUUUGGUGAACAUGAUCGAGGUCUUUCGACGACGGAAGAGAUUAUACUUGGUCUUCGAGUAUUUGGACCAUACAGUUUUGGACGAGUUAGAAGCAGCCGGGGGUGGACUCGGAUUGGACGUGUCUCGACGUCACAUCUUCCAAGUGCUUCGAGGACUCAAUUUUUGUCACGUCAACCACAUAAUGCAUCGCGACGUCAAACCCGAGAACAUCCUGGUAUCGCCCAACGGGGUCGUCAAGCUCUGCGAUUUUGGAUUUGCCCGCUUCGUGCCCGGCCCCAAUGAGUCAUGCACGGACUACGUGGCCACUAGAUGGUACAGAGCACCGGAACUUCUGGUCGGCGAUCCGCGGUAUGGCAAACCAAUCGACGUCUGGGCGGUCGGAUGUCUCUACGCGGAAAUGGUCAAUGGCGAUCCUUUGUUCCCCGGCGAAAGUGACAUGGAUCAGCUGUUCCAGAUCAUGAAACUUCUCGGUGGAGUUUGCGGAAAACAUCAAACACUGUUGAAUCGCAAUGGCAACAUGCGGUUGUUACGACGCGUCAGCUUCGAAGUGAAUCCAAUUUCGGCUGCUCGAAAUAUUCGAAACUUAUUCCCGUCGUGGAACUCUGCAGCUCUCGAUUUUCUCAUCCAGUGUUUACGCAUGGACCCGGACAUGAGACCCAGUUGUUCAAAUUUACUCCACCAUCCUCUCUUUAUACAUCAAGGAUUCGCUGAGAAAUUCCUAGUCGAGUUGCAGCACAAUGUUGCGAAGGAAAUGGAGGCGAACCCGUUGGUGUAUAAAAGGGACAGACGACCGAGUGUCCUGUCCACGGAAGAUUCCUCGAAAAUAUCCUCGAUGAGUUCUGGGAGAUGGCAAACGUGCAUGGCGGAGGAUUCACGAGGACCUACGGAUAAAUCACAGGUUGAUAACGUAGAAAAUGAUUCUUUACCAACAGAGAGGGUUCCUAUUUUACCCACCAGUCGGCAACGUGAGCUUUGCUAUUUCGGCCCGGUGUCGGUAAUACCGAACACGACCUACAUUCGAAGACUGCAACAUAAAGGCCUCGUCAUUCCGAAUUCUAAAGGAUUCUCCCUCCCGGCCCUUCCUCCGAAGGAGUCAUACAGGACGAGGAUAGAAAAUAAGAGGAAGAGGUUCGACCUCCCCAACGUGGAUCGCUGACCUCGCGAUAAAUCCUUCUUUCCUAAUCUUUAUCCUCGCAAAUAACAAUCAACGAACUUUCAUCCCGAGCUCGCGUUAUUUUCAAAUCCGUCAAAUCCCCGGCUGGUGGUAUGCGCAACAAAGUUAUAAUCUUAAAACUACGUACUUCCUCCUAAGAAACUAUUAUAAAUAUUAAGAUACAUGAGAGUUGAGGGAAAUCGAUAUUACAAUUAAAUAAA